GUUGAGAUAGUUUGUUUGUGUGCGAAACAGUCGAGGGCCGCGAAGUGGGGGGAGCCAGUGCCGUCUCAGAAGUCAGCUACUUGGUACUGGAAGGACUUGUCAUCCUGUUCGAAGCAGGUGGGGCAAAAAUUCCUGCGUGUCAAACUCUGGUCAACCGUGGUAGUUCUUUGCAUUGGCUGGAGCACCCGUUGCUCUUGGAGUCUAGGCCAUGACCAGCAGAGGAGCUGCCAGGCCGAAUGGGCAAUCGCAAGCCAGCAAGAUCUGCCAGUUCAAGCUAGUACUGUUGGGUGAAUCAGCAGUAGGCAAGUCCAGCCUGGUGCUGCGCUUUGUCAAGGGACAGUUCCACGAAUACCAGGAGAGCACCAUUGGAGCGGCUUUCCUCACACAGUCUGUCUGUCUAGAUGAUACAACGGUAAAGUUUGAAAUCUGGGAUACAGCUGGUCAGGAAAGAUAUCACAGUUUGGCUCCGAUGUAUUACCGAGGGGCUCAGGCUGCCAUUGUGGUAUAUGAUAUAACCAACCAAGAAACAUUUGCACGAGCAAAAACAUGGGUGAAAGAACUCCAACGGCAAGCUAGCCCAAAUAUUGUUAUAGCCUUAGCAGGAAAUAAGGCUGAUCUUGCCAACAAGCGCAUGGUAGAAUAUGAAGAGGCCCAGGCUUAUGCAGAUGAUAACAGUCUAUUGUUUAUGGAGACAUCAGCCAAGACAGCAAUGAACGUUAAUGAUCUCUUCCUGGCAAUAGCUAAGAAGCUGCCAAAGAGCGAGCCCCAGAGCACAGGGGGUGCUGUGGGGCGGCGAGGUGUGGACCUUCAUGAGCAGUCCCAGCAGAACAAGAGCCAGUGUUGUAGCAACUGAAUGGUGGCGUUCAGGCAGCGAGAGAUAAGAUAUAACCUCCAUUUCUACCCCACUCCACCUCCCCUCCCUUCCAAUAACAGCAUUGGCACACUUGGAAGCCGUCCCUUCUCCUGAGAGCGCCGUUUCACUGCACUUCUAACGCUUCAGAAACCAUCACGAGACGUCUGUUACCACCACCCAACGGAAAGUGGAGAUAGACCGACCGGGGACUUAACUUCCAAAAACAAACUCUUAUUCACUUUGUAUUAUAGGUGCAAAUAGCUACCUACUUAUUUGGAUUCCCCUGCUCUGUUUUCUCCCUGAUACUACUCUUUUCCCUUGCCAUCUCUUAUCCCUCCAGCGCACGUGCACCCGUACACACCCACGCUGUCUUUGCUCUGAUAAAAUAUGUGUUCUUUAGUCCUAUAACAUCCACCGCCACCCUUCACCUCCCUUUUCCCUUUGUUUUCUUUAAUAAUCUGGGGGACAGUCACAAGCAAGGAGAAACGUAAUUCCUGUAGAUUUAUUUUUUAAGAGCAAAUUUAACUGACUUUCUCAAAAAAAAAAUAUGCACAAUUAUUUGAGAAGAUCCUCUUAGGAGUUCUCUUCAUUUUCCAUAGCUUCAGAAAAGCUGCAGUGUCCUCGGUUAACUUUUUUUCAGGGCAGAGUUUUGUGGUUACAUUGGAGAGGAUGAUUGUAUUUGCUUGUUUUGUUUUUUUUCCUGGCUACGGCAUGAGAGUGGUCCAAUGUCUCAGUGUCGUCAAUAUAAGAAUGAAAUGGUUAUAAAUUUAGAGUAUAAGAAAUACUUUCCAGGACCCUUAGAUUUGCUCUUGAUUGAUGCCUUAUAUUUGUAUUGGCCAGGACAGGACAGAGGAGGUUGGAGGGGAUGGGAAUAGGUAUAACUUUUAAAGUUGCUAUUUCAAGUCAAAAAGGCUAUAGUGUCUCUCCUCUGUUUAGAUUCAGUUGUCAGUCCUAUUAGAUGAAGAAAGAAUCGCUCAUCUGUAGAAACAAGGUACAAAGAAAAGUAAGCUAGCUUUGUUAACUUGUCAGGAUUCUCCUUGGAUAGGUUCUUUCUGCUUAGCCUGCACCUUGGAUAUGUACAUCAUUAGUCCAUGAAGUAGAAAGAGGUUCUAAAUUGCCAAAAGGGAAAAAAAAAUCCAUGUGUCCUUAGCAAAACUUGAAUAAGGGCAGUUCCCAAGGGUCGCUGCAGAUUUUAGAAGUUCUAAGCAAUAUGGUUGGGAUGAGAAAGUGAGAGGGGAAAAAAAGGCAGCACUCUUGUUGGGAAAUGUGACAGGAGGACUAGUACUUUACUUGAUAUGUUUCCCUUGUUUGAAGCGCCAUUUUUUUUUUGCCUUCUGAGUCCUUCCUCGCAUAUAAGACUUCGUCUAAAGGCCCUCUAAACUUGAGAACUGUUUAAAUUGACAGGUUCUUUUUCUUGUAUGAAAAAAUGAAUAAUUAAGGAGUGGGUGACACUGGAAUUUUUAGUUUCCUGCUUGUUAGCUAAAGAAAAGUAAUAGCUUUUUUAAAAAAAAUAACUGUAGAUAAUGCUGCGUGGUAAAACAAAGUGUAUUGCCCUCUCUCAAAUAGCCAGCAACAAUCUGUUCUCCAUAUAAGAACUGUCUCCCCUCUUCAACUGUGGCCUUUACAAAGUUAAUAGCAUAUUCCUCCAGCCCACACUCUCUGUUUAAAUGCUCGUAGCUUUUUCAUGCUUCAAACUUGAAUACAGUUUCUAAAGAGGAGCUGUUUCCCGGUGCUAUCUAGAUCUGGUUUAGGGAGUUUUUCUUGGAUGUAUAAUGUUUACUCCAUGCAAAUUUCUCACAUGGUUGAAUGUUCUACAACAACAGCUUGACAUGGGUUAUACACAUAUGAACACAAACACACAUAUACGGACACACACACACACACACACACACACACAAAAAACGGACAUCAAUUCUCCUAUUUGACCAUGCAUUUUAAUACUGUAUUUGUACAUAAUGUCCUCCUAUAUUCUGUAUAAAGGCUUGCAUUUUUUCCCAUUCACUGAUGUAACUUAAGUACUGAUGUCCACAAUCAGUGUGAGCAUUUAGCAUCUCAACUCCAGGCCACCCUGUAGCCUUAUGUGGAAACUGUUAAACUCUGCACUGCUACUGGCACACAGUUGUGCUGCCAUUAUAAAGGCUAGUUAUCUCCAGAUGUGGCUUCAUUGAACGGGAAGCAAUGAACGGGGGAAUUAGACUAGGCUGCAGCUUUAAUUCUUUCAGCAACAUGCUAUAGAAUUAAGAUGUGUGCUGUAACAUCUUCCUUCACCCAAUUCACAUAUACAGUUACUUCUGCAGGUUUAAUCUGGCUUUUCUCUAGAAAGGUUCAUAUAGUUUAUAAAGCUAUCUGGGACCAUUCUACAUGACCUUAAGAAUUUUUCUGUACUCCCUGCGACCAGUUUCAGAUCUAAUCCCCUUUUUGUUCAAACCCCAAUAGUUCUACAUGAAUCCGGAAAUGGCAUCUUACACUUAUGGAUUCAUUGACUGUAAAACUCUUCUUUGUUGAUGGUGCUUUGAUUCCAUGCGCAUAUAAUGACCGUUGCAGCCAUUAUGGAGAACCCAGGAGGAGUCCUAAAUAUGUCCUUUCCCUCUUCAAUAAAGCUGAAAUACUGCACUGUGCUCAGCUCGCGGCAAAGGAAAAAUAGAUUUUAUAUUUAAGUUACAAGCAAACCCAUUUAUUUCAAUUAUUGCCCACAACUUGUUUUUACUAAUUUGCUAUUAGCUCUUAGAUGAAGUGAGGACACUGCAGCUUUUUCUAAACAGAGCAAUCCCCCUUUUUCUUCAACUUACUCUUCUCAUCUGAUCAGAAUUCCUUUUUUUUUUCCUUCUGAGAAAACUCUCAUAUUGCAUUUAAAAUAACAAAUCAUGGUAACAGAAUUCAACUGCUGAUUUACCAAUGUAUUUAAUGUAAGUAAACAAAAAUCAGUGUAUUAGAUGAGCUUGCUGCUUCAUUGUGAUUUAAAAUACAUGCCGAAUGAUAACAGAAAUACGAGGUAACUUCGAAAAGUGUAAAUAUCCUUUUGCAAGUGGGAAGACACCAACUCAUAGGUAGCCCAGACAUAGAAGCAGAUGGGAUGGCUACUUAGGAUACUUUUGAGUUCAGAAAGUUUCCUCCAAAGUGCCUAAUAAACCAGGCUUAGUUCUUGGACUCUUGAUAGUCUACUGGGAAAGAUAGGGCUACAUAUGCUAGAUCAAUUAACAUAAAAUAAUUACUUAGCUUAAAACCUUGAGCCUGCCAUACGCAAAUAUGAUUCUAUAUAGCAGAAGACAGUAGAACCAAACCCAGCAGGUUUAGAUAGGUUUGUUUUUGUUUUGUUUUGUUUUUUUAAAAAAAACCUUAAAACUUCAAGCAGCACAAGUUUUAUCUAAUGAAAAAUAAAGGGAUUUCAAAUGGAUAAUAGGAUAUAGAAGUACUUUAUAACAAAUUUUCUUAGAAUGAGUUGCAGAAAAUAUGUAUAAUUAUUAGCCCAAGCUACUCAUCUUUAUUUGGCAUAGUUCUGCUUAUUUGAAUGAGAUUUUGUUUCCCCAAAAAGUAUUCAUAAAAUUUCAGCCAUCUUAUACCUACAGCUAUUUCCUGCAAUUUGAUCACCUUGGGAGGGGCAUGGAAAAAUAACACAUAUUUGCACCUUGGACAUUUCUAAUGAAAUUCACCUGGGGAAAGAAAUGUCAGUUCAGUUUAACAAAAUACAAUGGUAUUGGCUUAAGGGUGAAAAAUGCUCCCAAUUCAUCAUUCACAAGGUACCUUGUAUGAGUUUGUAAAUAAGACAUCUGUAAAUACUGCCAAACACAUUGGGUAGCAAAAUGAACAACUUAACAGUGUGUGAAAAUUGCUCAUUUUUUUCCUAGUGAGAGCAUAAACCUUUUGCAAGGGAAGUGGUCAAGAUAUUUAAUAAAUUACAACCAACUCCCAGUCUUGGGGAAUCUUUUAGGCAUUGCUGUCACAUGCACAUUUUCCGGUUUUGAAGAUGGAGAAUCCAGAUCUUCAGAAUUUGGACCUCUUAUUUUCAGAGAUCUUCAUGAAGAUCUAGCAUACAUCUAUGCAGCAGUAUGGGUAGGAUUGGAAACGUAUGACUCUGCAAAUGUUGGAUUGGGAUCCUUGUUUACCAUUCUGGCAGAAACUAAUAGGACUUUGAAGUUCAAUCACAUAUGGAGGACCACAGUAACUGGACCAUGGGGUCAGUAACAAUCAUCCACCUCCAGAUUUCACUAUUGCCUCUAUUAAAAUCAUGCAGUACAAAUGAUUUGUGUUUCAAACAUGCAAAUGAACUGACAAAAUGAGAGCAUGAGUAUCUCUAGUGGCUUAUUGCAUAUUACAUAUUACGGUUUGCUAUAAACUGCAUUCUGUACAUACUGUAUAAUCAGGGCUGUGACACAAAUUAUUCCAUAAUGAAUGUUAGCCUCUGCUUGUACCUGAAACACAUUUUUUUUUUGCCUUUCCCUUAUACACUUAUUCAGUUUGACCACUAUAAAUAUUUUAAAUUUGCAUACAGAAAGCAAGAGUUGGCCGUAAAAAACAUGGACAUUUGCAGAUUAGCAAAAUUUGUAUUUCUGCAUAGUGGCCUGUAGAGAGCACUGCUGAAUGUCAGUUUGAGAAGUUGGGAGCACCGAUGGAAUACUGUACUGAUUUCCAAAAAUAGUGGGGGGGGAAAACUUGUUGCAAAAAUUUCUGUAUUAUGGAUGUUCCUUGGGGUGAGUAAAUUACUACAACAGACCUAAACCUAUUUUAAUCAAGAUAUUCACUGAUGAGUAAUACACUGAAUUCAAACUCUUGUAGUAUUUCAUCUUCUAUUCCUUUCUUUUCCCUAGUCAUUACUAAGAUACUAUUGAAUUACUGAAAGCUGAUUGCACUGAUAAUGGUGAAAAGUGGAACCCAGUAUUUGAGGAAAAAGUUUUCAAACAAAUGUGUCAGCUCUAUGUUUGCCCAAAAUGGAUUUGUUCUAUGGAAGCUGAUGAAAAAUCAGAAUAUACACAUAUUUUUAUCUCUGUCCUCUGAACCCUCUACCAAAAUUUCCUUUCUUUCCUGCUACCCCAGUUGUUUUUGGUUUAGAUUUAGACAUUAUAUAAUAAAUUAGCCAGCCAACAAAAAAUGACUCUGCAUGGAUAGCUUUGUUCAGAGGAAAUUUUGUCAAAGUAAUGUGUCUUUUUUUUCUCCAACAGUAUCUGUCAAAUAUCCAGUCUGCCUUUCUGGAAUAUGGACAGCUUAAAACAUUCUGAUCAUUUUGGAAGGCAUGAUUAAAUUGAAAUAACAUUCCUGUAAUUGAUCGAUCACUAUAUUAAACUUGAAUCCAAUGUA